CAGCAAAGGAACACCAACACCCGUACUUCUCGUCCACCUGUGCCACUUUUCCAUUCCAACUCAACCGGUGCACUGCCCAUUCAGCCGGAUCUUCUUAACCAGGACUUAACCAUGGGUGGAGAAAUCAACGUUGCCUAUCAGGGCACCUUUGGCGAUCUCGCCGCUGGCGGGGACGCCGGGUUGUUCGAUAUGAAUGAGUUCAACUUCGGCUCACUCACGAACGACACCGGCGCCGCCGAGGGCUUUCCCACGCUCGACUUCACGGCCAUCAACAGCGGCAAUGCAACCGGCACCACUGUCUCACCAAAAGACAUCUUCAACAACAGCUCCAUCCCGCCUUCGACCUCUUUCACGAACCUCACUACGCCUGGCUCCACAACUCUCGAGACUCCGUACGACGACUACGAGACCUCGCCGCUCUUCAACAACGACCUCCAGGCCGACGGCAAGGAGUCAAACUGGUUCUCACUCUUCCCGGAUGUCGACAACUCCACCGCCCUCACCGGCGGCGCUCCACUCAUCCGCAAUGAGUCCGGCAGCUCAGUCAACAAAGUUCUCGUCCACGCCGGUGGCGAAGGGAUACAGCGCCAGCGCAGCUCUACUGGUGCCUCUCCAGCCCUAGCCUUAGCCUCACCGGCCGUCAAGCCUGCCACACCCGUCAUUGGUGCUGGUGCUGCCGCCGCAGCUUCUCGCAAGCGCGCCGCCAAAGACUUGCCGCCCAUCUGGGCUGACGAGAACGACCAGGUUGGCCUCAAGCGGGCAAGGAAUACCGCCGCGGCGCGUAAGUCUCGUGCGAAGAAAGUCCAGGAACGCGAAGAACUAGAGGGAAGGAUCUCGGAGCUGGAACAGAAGAAUGUCGAGGUCGAGGAAAGGUACGCGGUGUUGCAGCGGCAGUACGCUGCUCUCGCGGCACGGUUCGAGAGAGCUCAUGGCUCCUCGAUGUCGGUCAAGGAGGAUGAGGAUAGCGAUUGAGCUUUCUUUCAUCACGAUCUUGACCGGUUGCCUGGUUGAGCUCGGCACAAACACAGGCACAGACACAGAUAACGAUCACGACUACUGAAGCAGAACAAAGGGAGGAAGGAGGUUGGACGCAUGCCUGCGGAGAAUGCAUGCUGGUGGCGGAGGCCCACCGUUUCUUAUUAUCUUACACGUGCUUACUGGACCGUGGGUGGGAGCAGUAAUCGGCGCUCUUCUGUCGCCACGGCCACUCCGUUACUGGCCGGCUCCCGGCCUUUCAUAUUGCGAUACACACGGCGCGCAGUCUCGGCUUCGCAAGAGCCGGACUGAUCGGGCGGCUGAUGAUGCAUGAUGAUUAUUGGCCGUUUCUGAGGUCUCCUACUCCUCUUAUCCAAGCGCUUGGCGCUCGCUGGAGGGUGGUUGAUUGACUCGUGGCCUUGCUUUAUGUUACUUGUUGGUAGUGUUGCCAGAGA